GCACGUCAGCAACACUCACACCACACAUAUAGCCGUCACAUUCGCACACACGCGCUAAGUGUGCCGUGCAGUUGUUGUUUUUUUUCAUUUUCGAGCGGGGACAAAUUAACAAAAUUCAGGCGCACACACAACAAACACACGAAACAAAUCGGAUCAACUUUUCGCCAGCGUGGUAGGAACAGCUAAAAGAAAAGAAAAGAAACGAAAAGAAGAGGAUAGAAGAGAAGAGAAGGGAAGAGAAGGGAAGAGAAACACGCUGCCAGACGCCGAGCAAAGCGCAAAUCAAGCCUUUGCCAUGGCCGAAUAUUGGCAACAGCAGCAACAACAACAGCAGCUACAACAGCAGCAGCAGCAGCCGCCAACGCAGCAACAGCAGCUAACAAAUGGAGCAGCAGCUCAUAAUGACUCAGUCGCCGCUGCCUCUAUCGCUGCCUCAGUCGCUGACUGCAAUGGGCAGAGUAACAACAACAACAACUAUGUUAACUUCAAUCAGUUCAUCACGCAGCAUAAUUUACACAGCUCCAAUCUUGGCUACAGCAGCGGCGGCGUCGGCAGCGGCGGUGCCUUUGGCCUCACGCCCGCCAGCAGCAGCGGUAGCGCUGCCAACAACUCCAGCUUUGGCGUCGGCCAAUAUGCGGCGCCUAUUUUCGGCUACCAGAAUGGCGAUGGCGCUGGCCAAAAUUGUCCCAAUUUGUACUCAGCUUUUGGCAAUAAUCCAUUUGCUGCGCCUGCUGCCGCCGGCGCCGCUUUCGAUUUUAGCGCUUCCAAGCUGCAGGCGACGGCACCCGAAUUUGUGCCCAACUUCGCCAAGCUCAGCCUGUCGACGAGCAAAACCAACAGCAGCAGCAGUAAUAGCAAUAAUAAUAAUAAUAGCAACAACAGCAACACUGCCACAACACAGCAGACGCCACAUGAGGCAGCUAGCAGCAAUGCUCAACGAGGCUUGGCGAAGCCGCUGGCUGGCGGCAAUAAUACUCGGCAGCAGCAGCGACGCCAGGACUAUCGCGAAGAUCGCCACGAGGAUCGCUAUGAACGUGGCAAGAAGCCGCAGAAGCAGCAGCGCUAUGACAAUCAUCGCAGCAACAAAAGACGCGACGACUGGAAUCGCAAUCGUGAUCGCAUCAAUGGCUAUCCGCGCGCCGCUGACGAACUGGACACCAGCAACAGCAACGACAGUGCGCAGCCCUCGCCCGAGAAGCAACUGCCACACCAAGUCUCCCCUCGCCGAGCGCCCGACAAUGAGAAGCUGUCGCAGCGGGAGAAGCUGAUGCGUGACAUCGAGCAACGUCGACUGGAGUGCUUAGUGUGCGUGGAGCAGAUCAAGGCGCAUCAUGGCACAUGGUCGUGCCAGAACUGCUAUCAUGUGCUGCAUCUCAAGUGCACCAUCACCUGGGCUAGCAGUUCCAAGUCGGCGGAGGGCUGGCGCUGUCCAGCCUGCCAGAAUGUGCUGCAAGAGUUGCCGCGCGAAUAUCUCUGCUUCUGUGGCAAGCUGAAGAAUCCGCCGCUCACACGUAACGAGCUGGCCCAUACUUGCGGCGAACUCUGCUGUCGCGUUGAGGGCUGCAGUCAUGCGUGCACCCUGCUCUGUCAUCCGGGCCCGUGUCCGCCGUGCCAGGCGAACGUGUUGCGCAGCUGUGGCUGCGGACGCACUUCCAAGCUGAUGCAGUGCGCCAUGAAGCAGCAACUGCAGUGCGAGGCCACCUGCGACAAGCCACUCAACUGCGCCGAGCAUCGUUGCCAGCAGUUGUGCCAUGCGGGCAAAUGUGAGCCGUGUGCGGAACAGGUGGAGCAACACUGCCACUGUGGCAAGCAGCAGCGCGAGGUGCUCUGCACCAAGGAGAGUCAGGAUAGGCGCAGCUAUUCGUGCAAGGAGUGCUGCGGCAAGCCGUUGCCCUGCGGCAAUCACAAGUGCAAGGAUUCGUGCCACGCCGGCGCCUGUCGUCCCUGCAAGCUGAGUCCGCAGCAGAUCACCAGUUGCCCCUGUGGCAAGUUGGCAGUGCCUCCGACGCAGCGCAGCAGCUGUCUGGACCCGGUGCCGACGUGCGAGGGCGCGUGCAGCAAGACGCUGCGCUGUGGCAAGCCGGCGCAUCCGCAUCAGUGCGCCAGCAAAUGCCAUUUGGGGCAGUGUCCGCCGUGCCCCAAACAGACGGCCGUCAAAUGCCGUUGCGGCCACAUGGAUCAGCUGAUCAAGUGCCGCCAGCUAUCGACCCGGGCGGAUGAUGCACGCUGCAAGCGCCGUUGCACGAAGAAACGCAGCUGUGGAAAGCACAAAUGCAACGCGGAAUGUUGCAUCGACAUCGACCAUGCCUGCCCGCUGCCCUGCAACCGAACACUGAGCUGCGGCAAACACAAGUGCGAUCAGCCCUGCCAUCGGGGCAAUUGUCCGCCCUGCUAUCGCAGCAGCUUCGAGGAGCUCUACUGUGAGUGCGGCGCCGAAGUGAUAUAUCCACCGGUGCCGUGUGGCACCAAACGGCCGCCCUGCAAACGGCCCUGUUCGCGCACCCACGGCUGCGAGCAUGUGCCGCAGCACAGUUGCCAUGCGGCGGCCAGCUGCCCGCCCUGCAUGAUGUUCACCACGAAGUGGUGCCACGGCAAUCACGAGCAGCGCAAGACGAUACCCUGCUCGCAGGCCAGCUUCAGCUGUGGCUUUCCCUGCGCCAAGCCGCUCGCGUGUGGCCGCCAUAAAUGCAUACGGCCGUGCCACGAGGGCGAGUGUCCGCAGCCGGGCGAGCUGUGCCGUCAGAGCUGUACCAAGCCUCGUCUGUUGUGCGGCCACAAGUGUGCCGCUGUCUGCCACGAUGGCGCCUGUCCAGAGACGCCGUGCAAGGAGCUCGUCGAGGUGCAGUGCGAGUGCGGCAAUCGCAAGCAGAGCCGCAGCUGCCAGGAACUUGCCCGGGAGCACAGUCGCAUUGCCACCGCCCAGCUGGCCUCCUCCAUGGCGGAGAUGUCGCGCGGCAAUUACAUGGAGCUCAGCGAAAUACUUGCACCCACCAAAAACAACAAAUCCAACAAAACUUUGGACUGCAAUGAGGAGUGUCGUCUGCUGGAGCGCAAUCGCCGCUUGGCCAUUGGACUGCAGUCUCGGAAUCCGGAGUCGCAGCUGAAGUCGCUGACGAAGUACUCGGAAUUCUUGCGCGGCUUUGCCAAACGCAAUCCGGUACUAACCAAGAGCGUCUACGAAACGCUCAGCGAUCUGGUCAAGCUGGCCAAGGAGAGCAAGCAAAAGUCGCGCAGUCACUCGUUCCCCACGAUGAAUCGCGAGAAGCGUCAAAUGGUGCACGAGCUGUGCGAAGUGUUUGGCGUUGAGUCCGUCUCCUACGACAAGGAGCCCAAUCGCAACGUGGUCGCCACCGCGCACAAGGAACGCUGCUGGUUGCCCGCCACUAGCGUCAUGGAUGUCCUGGCCCGCGAGUCCGGUCAGCGUCGCGUCCCGGUGCCCAGCAACAAUGUCUGGGGAAUCAAGAAGUAGCAGGAGCUGGUGCCCACAACAGUUAAUCCGUUUAUACUUGACAAUACACGCAAGACACACAUUUUGCAACGUUUAAGCAAAGAAUUUCAUUUUCUUUCUUUUAAAACGAGCCUGAAGGCACAACUGCAUAGUUGGCGAAACGUUAAGAAAUUGGCUGAUGGAUAUACCAAAAUGAUUGUAAGCAGAACGGAAUGCAUAAACUAAAAAUAAUGAAAGAAAAAUAGGAAAAAAAAACAAAACUGUUUCAACUGUUGUAUGAUGAAUUUAUGUAAAGCUGAAUCCUUUGAUUACGUUGCCUAUACUGAAUAAUAAACAAGAAAGAAAGCAA